AUGGAGGGCAACAGGGAGGGUAACACGGAGGGCAGCACGGAGGGCAGCACGGAGGGCAGCACGGAGGGCAACACGGAGGGCAACACGGAGGGCAGCACGGAGGGCAGCACGGAGGGCAGCACGGAGGGCAACACGGAGGGCAGCACGGAGGGCAACACGGAGGGCAGCACGGAGGGCAGCACGGAGGGCAGCACGGAGGGCAGCACGGAGGGCAGCACGGAGGGCAGCACGGAGGGCAACACGGAGGGCAGCACGGAGGGCAGCACGGAGGGCAACACGAAGGUCAGCACGGAGGGCAGCACGGGAGGCAGCACGGAGGGCAGCACGGGAGGCAGCACGGAGGGCAACACGGGGGGCAGCACGGAGGGCAGCACGGGAGGCAGCACGGAGGGCAGCACGGGAGGCAGCACGGAGGGCAACACGGGAGGCAGCACGGAGGGCAGCACGGGAGGCAGCACGGAGGGCAACACGGGGGGCAGCACGGAGCGCAACACGGGGGGCAGCACGGAGGGCAGCACGGAGGGCAGCACGGAGGGCAACACGGAGGGCAGCACGGGGGGCAGCACGGGGGGCAACACGGGAGGCAGCACGGAGGGCAGCACGGAGGGCAACACGAAGGUCAGCACGGAGGUCAGCACGGAGGGCAACACGGAGGGCAGCACGGAGGGCAGCACGGAGGGCAACACGGAGGGCAGCACGGAGGGCAGCACGGGGGGCAACACGGAGGGCAGCACGGAGGGCAGCACGGAGGGCAGCACGGAGGGCAGCACGGAGGGCAGCACGGAGGGCAGCACGGAGGGCAACACGAAGGUCAGCACGGAGGUCAGCACGGAGGGCAGCACGGAGGGCAACACGGAGGUCAGCACGGAGGUCAGCACGGAGGGCAACACGGAGGGCAACACGAAGGUCAGCACGGAGGUCAGCACGGAGGGCAACACGGAGGGCAGCACGGAGGGCAACACGGAGGGCAGCACGGAGGGCAGCACGGAGGGCAGCACGGAGGGCAACACGGAGGGCAGCACAGAGGGCAGCACGGAGGGCAACACGGAGGGCAGCACGGAGGGCAGCACGGGAGGCAGCACGGAGGUCAACACGGAGGGCAGCACGGGGGGCAGCACGGAGGGCAACACGGGAGUCAGCACGGAGGGCAGCACGGAGGGCAGCACGGGAGGCAGCACGGAGGGCAGCACGGAGGGCAACACGGAGGUCAGCACGGAGGGCAGCACGGAGGGCAGCACAGAGGGCAGCACGGAGGGCAGCACGGAGGGCAACACGGAGGGCAACACGGAGGUCAGCACGGAGGGCAGCACGGGGGGCAGCACGGAGGGCAACACGGAGGGCAGCACGGCGGGUAGCACGGAGGGCAGCACGGAGGGCAACACGGAGGGCAGCACGGCGGGCAGCACGGAGGGCAGCACGGAGGUCAGCACGGGAGGCAGCACGGGAGGCAGCACGGGAGGCAGCACGGAGGGCAGCACGGAGGGCAACACGGAGGGCAGCACGGCGGGCUGCACGGAGGGCAGCACGGAGGUCAGCACGGAGGUCAGCACGGAGGUCAGCACGGGAGGCAGCACGGCGGGCAGCACGGAGGGCAGCACGGAGGUCAGCACGGGGGGCAGCACGGAGGGCAACACGGAGGGCAGCACGGAGGGCAGCACGGAGGGCAACAGAGAGGGCAGCACGGAGGGCAGCACGGGGGGCAGCACGGGGGGCAGCACGGAGGGCAACACGGAGGGCAGCACGGAGGGCAGCACGGAGGGCAACAGAGAGGGCAGCAUGGAGGGCAGCACGGGGGGCAGCACGGAGGGCAGCACGGAGGGCAGCACGGAGGGCAGCACGGAGGGCAGCACGGAGGGCAACACGGAGGGCAACACGGAGGGCAGCACGGAGGGCAGCACGGAGGUCAGCACGGGAGGCAGCACGGGAGGCAGCACGGAGGGCAGCACGGAGGGCACCUCAAACAGGUAA